UCAGUUUCGUUUCCCCGCGGGCCUCCGGCGGUCGUGUCUGGCAGUCGCGGCCACAGUUCCAGCGCGUCCCGUCCAGUCCCCAGGAGCGCCAUGGCGGAACUGGUCCCCCUGGCCGAGGAGCUGUCGUGCUCCAUCUGCCUGGAGCCUUUCAAGGAGCCGGUCACCACGCCCUGCGGCCACAACUUCUGCGGCUUGUGCCUGGACGAGACGUGGGCCGUCCAGGGCUCGCCGUAUCUGUGCCCGCAGUGCCGCGCCAGCUACCACGCGCGGCCGCAGCUGCGCAAGAACACAGUGCUGUGCGCGGUGGUGGAGCAGUUCCUGCAGGCGGAGGAGGCCCGGGCGACGCCCCCGCCCCCGCCCCCCGACAACUGGAAGCUGCCCACCCGCGCCGCCGCGCCCAGCCCGGCGGGCCCGGUGGCCUGCGACCACUGCCUGAAGGAGGCCGCCGUCAAGACAUGCCUGGUGUGCAUGGCCUCCUUCUGCCGGGAGCACCUGCAGCCGCACCUGGACAGCCCCGCCUUCCGGGACCACCAGCUUCAGCCCCCAGUCCAGGACCUGAUGCGCCGCAAGUGCCCCCGGCACAACCGGCUGCGGGAAUUAUUCUGCCCCCAGCACGACGAGUGCAUCUGCCACAUCUGCCUAGUGGAGCACAAGGCCUGCUCUCCUGUGCCCCUGAGCCAGGCCAGCGCUGACUUGGAGACCAAGCUGAAGCAUAAGCUGACCGUCAUCUACAGUCAGAUCAAUGGGGCCUCGAGAGCUCUGGAGGACGUGAGAGCCCGGCAGCACGAUGUGCGGGAGGCUACAAAUCGGAGGAUGGAGCAGCUGAGACAGGAGUACAUGGAAAUCAAGGCGCUCAUCGACGCUGCAGAGGCCACCUCCACUCGGAAGAUAAAGGAGGAGGAGAAGAGGGUCAAUACCAAGUUCGACAACAUCUACCAGAUCCUUCUCAAGAAGAGGAGUGAGAUCCAGAAUCUGAAGGAGGCGGUUGAACUUGCCCUGACCAAGGGGGACGAGUUCGAGUUUCUGGAGAAAGGGCUAAAGCUGCAAGGAGUGUCCACAAAGCCGGUCUACGUCCCCAAGGUGGAGCUAAAUCAGGAGCUGAUAAGGGGCGUCUGUCAGGGCACCUCAGACCUCAAAGACGAGCUGAAGCGGUAUAUCAGGCAGUCCCAGGACAAGAAGCCCGAGGAACCCACCAGCUCAGGGAACCCUGGAGAGCAUGGCCCAGCACCCACGCACAAACCCACCCACUCUGCGAAAAAGGGCCCUAAAGAAGAAAAGAAACCCAAGAAACCUCCCCCCGCCUCAGCCUUCAAGAUGCCCACCUUAGGAGCCUCGGCCACCAAGAUGCCUACCUUCGGAGCCCAGGGAGAGUCCGUGGAUCUGGAGGGUAUAGGCAAAGCCCCCACUGCACAGCCCAACGCGGCAGCCAUCAAGGCCAAGGUGCUGGAGACCUUCUUAGCCAAGUCCAGGCCCGAGCUCCUGGAGUAUGCCGUUAAAUUCAGCCUGGACUACAACACGGCCCACAACAAGGUGGCGCUGUCAGAGAACUACACGGUCGCCUCAGUGGCUGAAUCACCCCUGAACUACCAGCCGCAUCCCAAGAGGUUCAUGUACUGCUCUCAGGUGCUAGGUCUGCACUGCUACAAGAAAGGGAUCCACUACUGGGAGGUGGAGCUGCAGAAGAACAACUUCUGCGGGGUGGGCGUCUGCUACGGCAGCAUGCCGCGCCAGGGCCCCGAGAGCCGGCUCGGCCGCAACAGCGCCUCGUGGUGCGUGGAGUGGUUCAACACCAAGAUCUCUGCGUGGCACAACAACGUGGAGAAAACGCUGCCCUCCACCAAGGCCACGCGGGUCGGCGUGCUGCUCAACUGUGACCAUGGCUUCGUCAUCUUCUUUGCCGUCUCCGACAAGGUCCACCUGAUGUAUAAGUUCAAAGUGGACUUCACGGAAGCGCUGUACCCGGCCUUCUGGGUGUUCUCUGCUGGUGCCAUGCUCUCCAUCUGCUCCUACAAGUAGGCAGGCCACAGACGCGGGCCUCUGCGGGCCCCGGCUUGUGGCGACAGAGCCACAGGUGGACCUCUCUACGGGUCUCCUGUGAUUCCCCAGGGGUUGAGAGUGUUGGGGGGUGGGGACUGGUGGGAGGUGGGGGUCGGGGGAUGGGGUAAGAGGAGAGAUCCGGCCAGAGCAAGGGGUGGGGGUAAUGGCAUCACGGGCCAGGAGGCAUGGCCACGUCCUGGUGCCUGUCAGGGCAGGGUGACCUCCUCCUUGUUCUGGUAGGUCUCCAACUGCUGGCAGCUGGACGGGGCUCUGAGCGCCAUUCUCUGUUGCAGGGAGUCUGCAGCCGCUGCGUGCUCUUCCCCAGGUGACGUGGCGUGAGCUCCUUUGCUGCCUGGAAAAGCCUUCGGAUCUUAGUGUUUUGAUUACUUCCAUAGGGCUAUUCAACUCAAUAGAUUUUUUUAAAAUUCCCAAAUAA